AAUGCAGGAGUCAGUUUUCACUGGAGUUGAUCAGAAAGUUUCCCUCUGCUUUGCAAAGUCGCUGUCUGAGCAGAAUCGUCGGAAAGAAGAGGCCAGUUGCUCUGAUACUUCCCUAAAAAGCUACUUAAAUGAAAUGAGAGGACUUCUCUAUCCAAGGAUUUACAGCCUAGAAAAGAAGCAAAGAAGUUAUUUUCCCCUUUUUCUCCCCCUACUCCCAGUAGAGCUGAUCAGAUCUCAGUUCUGGCAUGCGUCUCAUCUCUCAAAAUACUAUGUCACAGUAUUCUACUAACUUUCUCUUGCUUCCCAUACCCGAGAAUCCUGUCUUAGACUGUGUGCCCAACAAAAUCAUCAAGCUUGUUGUACUUGGUGGCAGUAACGUUGGCAAGACAGCCCUGGUUGUGCGCUUUCUCACUAAAAGAUUUAUUGGAGACUAUGAGGCCAAUACUGGUGCCUUGUAUUCAAGAAAAUUCACCAUAGACGGAGAGCAGAUCUCCUUACAAGUGCAGGAUACACCCUUUGUCUCAUUGGAGGAUGAUAAUGACAGUAUUUGCUGCCAGGAGCAAAUAAACCGUUCAAUCUACUGGGCGGAUGGUUUUGUAUUCGUUUACUCCAUCACGGACUACGAUAGCUAUCGGGUCAUCCGACCCCUGUACCAGCACAUUCGCAAGAUCCAUCCCAACGCCAACAUCCCCCUGCUUCUGAUGGCCAACAAAGGGGACCUGCUGCGAGCCAGACAGGUGUCCUCCAGAGAAGGGCUUCAACUGGCCAAUGAGCUGGGUGGCAGUUACUGCGAAGUGUCAGCCCGGGAGAACUGUGAGGGGGUGCACGAGGCCUUCCAGCAACUUUGCCAGGAGGUGGGCAGGAUGAUUGGGAGCUGCAAUGGGGAAAAACGGAGAGGGCUCCACCUCAUCCGGCCCAAGUCUCCAAACAUGCAAGACUUAAAGAGACGUUUGAAACAGGCACUGUCUUCCAAAGGGAAAUCUGCCACUACACUUUGACCUAGCUGACAGCUAAUUCAAAAAGCAAGCAAGCAAGCAAGCUGAUAUUUAUGUGUCUGUUUCCUCAAAAUUCAAUAGGCACAUUGAUUUUUAAAGAUCUCAGUUAAACAUCCUGUUUCCUUCAGCAAAAGGACCUAUAAAAUGGGUAUUUCUGAGCAAGAGCUUAGAAACUGUGUUUAAAAAAAUAACGUCAAAAGCUAUGCACUUUUUAAAAGGAGACAUUGCCAAGUAGUUUAGGUCUACAAUUUAGGUUUCAUUAAUAAGAAAAGAUUUUUAAAAUCCUAGAGGAGCGAAGAGAAAUGUCUUGGGUUUUUGCUUUGGGAUGUAAAUAUUCCCAAACACAAACAUUAGGGAGCCAAAGCAUGACAACAGGAGAAUGAAAUUGACUAUAUACAGAAAGUGAAACUCCACUAGACUACUUUCCUUAUUCUGUGCUAGCUAAGUGACAUUCAAAAAGCAACCAAAGAGAAAUGGUGAAAACGAUGUGAGAUUCAAAUUAGAUACUUUAAAUUAUGUUAUAAAGUUAUUAAUAAUAAUGGGAAUGAUUUUUUCAAAUAUGAUUUUUAUUAUUACAGUGCCUUUUUAAAGGAAAUGUAAAAAAAAUCACAGUUCUCUGAUUUUUUUUAUUUUUAUUAUUACAAGUAACACCCAGGUUGACUGUAACUGAAAGAUUGGAGGAAAAAGAUAUGUUUCUCUUAUUUUUUUCUGUUUGUUUACUUUGACAGCACUUUUUAGUUAGUUUUACUAUAGUCUGCUUCCUGCCUUUUUUUGUGGGUCUUCCACAUGGCAACAGGAGAGAAAAAACAUAAAAAAAAAUAGAGAAGUGUGAUUGUAAAAUCACAAACAUGGAGUGGCAGCAUCUCCUUGCGUUGUGUCUCGGCAUGCGCAUCUCGCUGUAUAACCUUCAUCACAUGAUUUUUUUUAAAAUAGGAUCUUAGUUUUGUUAGCAUUAUUUGUAGAGAAAAAAGUUUAACUGUAUAAAUAAAAUUAAUUAACCUUCA